ACUGAGCAUGAGACAAAGCACAGUAUAAUGCAACCAAACAUAUGGUUUCCUCAACCAGUAGAAACAAAGAUGUCACCUGAUUCUGGUUUCAUGUCACCUUCACCAUUCAGUAGUGAUGAAGAAUCGGCAAACCACUAUUGGAAUGCGACAAUCAUGUCACCAGCAUUACUGGGGCCAGUGUAUUCUCAAGCAAGAAUGCAGUCAUCUAUCCUCCAUCAACCUCUGCCGCCUUCUACACAAAUGUCACCUGAAGAACGAACAUACAUGAGGCCUUUGGAAAUGCUUUGGAAUCUUCACAAUGACAUGCAGACAGCUGGUGCAUCUGCAUUAACAUUUUCCAGCUACUGUUACAGAAGACCCAUCAGCUCAGUUGUGGUCAGUCCAGAUAGUGACAGAAAACCUUUGUCACAGCCAUCUCUUCAUUUUCCAAUUGCAAACCAGCCACCACAAUCUCAGUGCUACGUAUCAACAGGAGGAAGUCAUAAAUUUGUCGAAUCGCCACCAAAUUUUCGACAAAAUGACCAGAUAUCCUAUCCACUGAUCUACAACUAUCUUGCUUCCACCGAAGAGCAGCUUUAUCAGAACCAUCUGCAUCAACUGAAUCAACAGUAUCAGUCAUAUCAUUCACAACAAAAUCUUCAUGUGCAAUUACCUGUGGCUGAUGCUUCAACUCCACCACCACCUCCACCUUCACUGCCACCACUCACAGCCACUGGAGAGCAGCAGUGGAAUGUUCAAGGCAAUGAGAAAGUGGGUCAGUGGACACCGCCAGAUACUACAAGCACACCAUUAGAGCAAGACAUGCCACAAUUAAUGGGUGACCUUACACUGGCACUUAUGAACACCGUUCCUUCAGAGCUGCCAACAACAUCAAAUGAUACUAUUACGCCUCCUGCUGAGAAAUUGUCUGCAUCUCAACCUUCUUGCAUUCCUGCUGUUGCCCCGUGUACCACACAAGCAGUGGAAAGUACAAAAGGAAAGAAUCGGGGGAGAACAGCUCCAUUGUCAGUAGCUAGUGGAGCAGAGGAUGCUAGAUCUGCUUUUCAGGAAGAUUCGCUUCACUGUGUGAGCUGUCCACAGCAAGAAUGCAACUGGACUGGGAGGCUUCGUAGUUUAGCAUCUCAUCUUCGCCAACGACACGCAGAGGCCAUCAUGUCAGCUACAGAAACAAGCCACACAGUGACUGUAGCUGAACUGCAAGCUCAGCAACAUGUAUAUUUCCUACAGGAGGCUGGGCGCCGUCUUUUCAUUGUGGCAGCACAUUUCCACGGAGUAAUCAUGUAUAUCACUGUACAGUCAAUUCCAUCUGGCCGCGCAGGUGUAGCCAGAGGAGCCUUAGAAGUUGUGGCCAGUGAUGGCAAACCUCGAUCGUGGAGGGGCAGAAUUAGAGGAUACCAUGAACCCUUAUCUUUGCUGUGGGCUCGCAAACAUUGCCUCACUGUUGAUCCUGCUGCACUUGGAUCGUCAUCCUCCAUCACACUGUAUUGUUCAAUUUCACUUCAUGCCCCUAUGGUGUUGCCAGUUACACAUAAAAACGUGGAGCAAGAAGAAGACGACACCUUCGCACAACAGCAGAAUCUCAAUAAGAAGCAACAAGAAACAGCAAAGGAAAGGAAAUAGUAACAACAAUAGCAAACUGACACUAUCCUAGGUGCUGGUUGCCUUUUGAAUGUUCUUGGUAUCUUUAUGCACGACUGCAGUCAUAAUCCUGGUGUACUGCAAUAUUAUUUUAUACUGGGUACCAGACAAGCAAAAUCACAGGAAGUUAUCCUGACACUGAAGUCCCAUUAGCUCAUUUGUUGCAAACAGCUUAUUUCCCGAGGCUAAAUUGUCUCGUGAACAAAGAGAAUUAGUUCUCUCGUUUGAACGCAUCAGUCAUGUUAUAUUUUUGCUAACAAUUCCUUAACAGCAUAAUUUGUCAUGUAGUGUUUAUAUU